AUGGAUGUAUGGGAUGAGGGAGAUGACCAGCUCGACCUUGGCCAGCUCGGCGUCCAGGGCAGCAGAGUCAUUGACGUCCAGGGAGAUGGCGUUGGUGUUCUUGAUGCCCUUGCAGAGCUGCUGGGCGCUCUCGAGGGUACGGCAGGCUGUUUCAUCCCGUCGUUAGCUGGUGGUCUUUCAGUCAAGUAUACAGCUGUAUUUUAUAUAGAGGCACCGCGGGGGAAGAUAUCACCCACCAACAGUCAGGAGGACACCGGCCUUGCUCAGCUCGUCGAUGGUAGGCUUAGUGACUGUCAAACAGAGGUAAGAAUAUCAGCCAAUUCAUCCGUCCAGACGCUCUCUCUUGUCGUUGUAUCUGAGGCCGCUCGACUAACCGAAGCCGCUUCCAAGCCUGUUAUCGUGAGUCAGUCAAGCUAG